AUGUCGACGACGCCUGGACGAAAACGUGUUCAACCAAUUUUAAUUGAAGAUGAUGAAGAUACGGAAUCAACUAAUACUGAUAUUUUUAUUUCUUCAUCCUCAUCUAAUCUUAACAUAGAUGAUCUUACACCAUUUAAUUCAGCUCCAAUAUCUGAACCAUCAUCAUCAUUAAUACUCGACAUAAAACAACCAUCAAUUAAGAAAAAUCUCUAUGUUCCAUUAAAUUUCGAUGAAUUAUCUCAUAUACGAAAUGCACAAACAAAUAGUGAAUUUGCUACAUUACUUUAUGAUUUUAAAUUAUAUAAAAAUGUUGUUAAUGGUCAUAUAUGUUUUUCAUGUCGAAAAGUUCAAUUUUCUCUAUUACAACCAGGUAUUCGUUGUACAAUAUGUUUACAACGUGUAUGUUAUAAAUGUCAACGUAAAAUGACUUAUCGUCAAGAUAAUAUUUGUUUUGUAUCAUUAAAUUUACUUCGACGUUCAUCAAUAACAUCAAUUCCAAAUGAUAUGACAAUACAAAAAAGUGAAAGAAUUGAUUUAGACUCAUCAUCAUCAUCAACAACAGCAAGCAGCAAAUGUAAAAAAUUAAAUAAAAAAAAACUUUCACAUAAUAGUUUUUUAUGUUGUAUUGAUUGUUUUAUAUUGUUCGAUCCAGCGUCACUUGUAUAG